UUGAGUCAGGCCUGGAGGCGGCGGCAGCGGCGGCGGCGGCAGCGGGCUGCUGGCUGCACCAGGAAGCGCAGGGCCCGCACCAUGUAACCGAAGCGGAGGAAGGCGAGCAGCUGAGGAGGGCAAGGAAAGGAAGCCGGCCUGGCCAUGGGGGACGGCGGAGCCGAAGAGGAGAUGGUGGAGCUGCCCCUCACCGACGCAAAUUUGACGGGCCAUGAGGAAAAAGUUGGCAUGGAAAACUUUGAACUACUCAAGGUUCUGGGGACUGGAGCCUAUGGGAAGGUGUUCCUGGUGCGCAAGCUCAGUGGCCACGAUGCCAGCAAACUGUACGCAAUGAAGGUGCUGCGCAAAGCGGCCAUAGUGGCCAAGGCCAAGACAACGGAGCACACGCGCACUGAACGAGCUGUGCUGGAACAUGUGCGCCAGUCGCCUUUCCUGGUGACGCUCCACUAUGCCUUCCAGACUGACUCCAAGCUCCACCUUAUCCUAGACUAUGUGAGUGGCGGGGAGCUUUUUACCCAUUUGUACCAGCGGGACCACUUCUCCGAGGAAGAGGUGCGCUUCUACAGUGGGGAGAUCAUUUUGGCACUCGAACACUUGCACAAGCUUGGCAUCAUCUACCGCGACGUGAAGCUGGAGAACAUCUUGCUGGACAGCGAAGGGCACGUGGUGCUCACGGACUUCGGACUGAGCAAGGAGUUUGUGACCGAGGAUAAAGAACGGACUUUCUCCUUUUGCGGCACCAUUGAAUACAUGGCCCCAGAAAUUGUACGGAGUAAAAGCGGGCAUGGCAAGUCCGUGGACUGGUGGAGUUUGGGCAUCCUAAUGUUUGAGCUGCUGACAGGCGCCUCGCCCUUCACGCUGGAGGGGGAAAAGAACUCGCAAGCUGAAGUGUCCAGGCGGAUCCUAAAAUGCAACCCUCCGUUUCCGUCGCUCAUCGGCUCCGUGGCCCGUGACCUGCUCCAGAAGCUGCUGUGCAAGGACCCCAAGAAGCGCCUGGGCUCAGGGCCCUUGGGGGCGCAGGAAAUCAAGGAGCACCCCUUUUUCAGGGGUCUGGACUGGACAGAACUAGCGGCCCGCAAGGUGAGGCCCCCCUUCAAGCCUCUCAUUCGCAGCGAGCUGGAUGUGCGGAACUUUGCCGAGGAAUUCACCAGCCUGGAGCCCAUUUACUCCCCUGCGGGGACUCCUCCCAGCCUCGACCGCGUCUUCCAGGGAUAUUCCUUCAUUGCUCCCUCCAUCCUUUUCAACCGCAAUGCUGUGACCGCUGACGUGCUCGGAGCGGCGCUGGACGGGGAGCGCCCAGGAAGUGCUGCCGUGGCCCGCAGCGCUAUGAUGAAGGAUUCUUCGUUCUUCCAACAGUACGAGAUGGACUUGAAAGAGUCGCCCCUGGGUGAAGGCAGCUUCUCCUUGUGCCGCCGGUGCCGCCAACGCCAAAACGGGGCUGAAUUUGCCGUCAAGAUCAUCAGUAAAAGGAUGGAGAUGAAUACGCAGCGGGAAGUGGCUGCCCUGCAGAUCUGCGAAGCCCAUCCAAACAUCGUCAAGUUACAUGACGUCCAUCAUGACCAGUACCACACGUAUCUGGUGAUGGAAUUGCUCCGGGGUGGGGAACUCUUUGACCGCAUCAAGAAGAAGCAACACUUCAGUGAAUCAGAAGCCAGCCAGAUCAUGCGCAGCCUCGUUUCUGCCGUCAGCUUCAUGCACGAUGCCGGCGUGGUGCACCACCUCAAACCUGAGAACAUCCUGUAUGCAGACGAGUCAGAAGGAGCCCCCGUGAAAGUGAUCGACUUUGGCUUCGCUCGCCUGCGGCCCCAGAACUCGCAGCCCAUGCAGACGCCCUGCUUCACUUUGCAGUAUGCCGCACCUGAGCUCUUGCAGGACGGGGGUUACGACGAGUCCUGCGACCUCUGGAGCCUGGGUGUUAUCUUGUACACCAUGCUAUCCGGGCAGGUCCCCUUCCACAGCAACCAGGAAGGGAGCGCGGCGAACCACGCGGCCGAGAUCAUGCACAAGAUCAAGGAGGGGCAAUUCUCCCUGGAGGGCGAGGCCUGGAAGAACGUAUCUGAGGAAGCCAAGGAGCUGGUUAGAGGUCUCCUCACAGUGAACCCUGUCAAGCGGCUUAAGAUGUCCAGCUUGCGCUACAGCGAGUGGCUCCAAGAUGGCAGCGCCCUCUCCUCCACACCUCUCAUGACUCCAGAUAUCCUGGAGAGCUCAGGGCCCGCCGUGCGAACUGGUGUCAACGCUGCCUUUAUGGCCUUCAACAAGGGCAAGCGUGAAGGCUUCUUCCUGAAGAGCGUGGAGAACGCCCCCCUGGCCAAGCGCCGCAAGCUGAAGAUGUCAAGCACUGGGGCCGAAGCCCGCCGCAGCAGCAGCUCUUCCUCUUCCUCCUCGGGCUCCUCCUCGGCAGUCUCUUCGCGCCCCCACAAAGCCAAGGUCCCCACCAGUCGCCACGAUCCGCCCUCGUAGCACCUCCUGGAAGGGGGUGUGUGCAUACCGAAGGGCCGGAGGGGGAGUGGGUAUUUAUUGUCUGUGUUGCUGUCGGGGGAGGAAGCCUCCUCCUCUUCCACCCCUCAUUCCCUACCCCCAUGUGAUGUGGUAUCUUCAUUCAUGACGGGGGUCUGUUGUGUUGUUGCAAAGCGGCAGAGGUCUGUUCGGAGGAAAAAACACUGUGUGGGGGGAGAGAACUCCUUAAGGCUCCGCAGAGGAGCCCCGUUAGCUGUGGGGAAAAUGGGGCGGGGGGAGGGCUGUGGGGCAGUCAGGAGCGAGGUGCCCCCCGCUUCUUUACAAUGCCAAAUCAAGCUCCGCGUCUGAUGGCAGUCCAGGAUCUGCCGCGAGGCUUUCCCGAGGCCGAGUCGGGCUCUGCCUCUCUGUCCUCCCAAGGCGCCAAGAGGGCAGGUCCCUUUUCCCAAGUCCCGGGACUGGAUUCAGAGAGCAAAGGGCGAGGGUGACAGAUGAGCAAGGAACAAUUGCCCAGCCAAAAACAACAUCUUGGAUGGGGGAGGGGAUGUUUUCUUUACCUGUAAUGUCAUUUGUAUAAGAAUAUAAGGGAGGGAGUCUACUCCAUCUUGCACCCAAAGCCAGACCUUGAAUCUUUUU